AUUGGUGACGACGUUUUGAAACCAAUCUAGCUCAGUCGAAACGCUGACGCAUCUGACGUCACAUGGUAUGGGAAGCGUUCUUCAUCGGAUUCGAGAAAAGAAGCUGGCACAUGUGUUGUCGCUCAUGAUGGCCUCCACCGCCUGCGGAGACGUUUCGCCUGGCACUGAAAGACGGAAACAGAAGUGCAAUAUAGACGAUCAGGAACAGGUGCCAGAUUCGACAGUUGUGGUCACGGAUAUUGCUCUUCAUUAUCAGCGACAAUGUUUCGUGACCAGUGCGCCUGAGUCGGUUGGAGUGAUCAGUGUUUAUGACACGAUUUUUUUGAAGACCUUUAAAAUCGUGAACGAACAAGGUGCUACGCUUGUAAGCCGAGUCUUGGAGCGAACCUUUUGGGACGCAAGUGAAAUUGAGUACUUGAUUCUGAUGAGAACAAGUGCGGAUGGACUUUUCAAACAAGGAGUCAAGGACAAAUUUUCCAUUAUGAAAUUAUGGGACUUUGUUGCAGGCCAAUUGCCCAGUGAGGGGCAAGCAAGAAAGGACGGCAAGCAGUGUCAGUGGAUGUGGAAUAUGCUGAUGAAAGAGUACACCGAUGUGCUGACCGGGGCUAAGGAAAGAAAAGAUUUUCCGCAUUUUGAGGAAAUGGACCAGGCUUGGGAAUGUACGUGUGGAAAGAGAUUGGAAGACAUUAAUAACUGAAACGAGCAAGUGAUGUAUCCGUCCUGGAAUGAGAUAUUUAGAUACACAAGUGUCUUAUCUACAUUGCUGAACCUCUCUGAAGAAUCUUAUCGACUUGGAUUUCUAAGUGUUAUUCUCAAGAAAGUUAUUAUCGCUCUCUCGAUCCGCCACAUGGGUUAGGCAUGCUCCUCCAUGUGGGGUUGCAUGCUCCACGCCACUGCGAUCAGACCUUCAUCUACUCAAGCUCUGUGACUAGGUUAUCCGUUUCUUUCUUAUUUUGUCAGAUGUCAGAUGUAGUCCCAAGUAAUGAUUUAACGUGGCAGUAAAUUCUCGAAGUGUGAAUCAGAGAUACCGAUGUACAUAUAUAGCUCUUUCAAUUUGACUUUAAGGAAUCGUGUGUAGUGCAUAAAUAUUUAUUGUUUUAUUCCAAAGUGAUGUGAAGUGAUGUGAAGCGCCGGAAAUAAAUCAGGAGAGUGGAUUCAGA